GCAAUCAAGACAGAUAAUGAAUGACCUCGAAUAAGAAGCUUCGAAUGUCCUAUAAUUGAUCCGUCAAUCAUGGUAUAAAUAUUAUAAAAGCUUAGGUAAGGUCUAAAAUAUAAUUACUGAUGUUAAGAACUGGCGAAGACGCUGCAGUGGUCUCCCCCCAGCCUGUCAAAGCCACCUGGCCUGUCAUGGUUGUACAAAUGUUAUUUUAAACAUAAGACUCUUCAAGCCACUCACAUGACACCAGACCAGAGGGAAGCCAUCUGUGUCACCCCAGCAGCAAGACUCUCCCAGUUAAUACUGGUAGGGUAUAUAUAGAAAAGGCACCCGAGUAAUGGAAGCUCCAUGACGAAAACAGGAGAUGGAGCUGGUGGACAUCCUCUGGAGGCAGGACGUAGACCUGGGGGCGGGCCGAGAAGUCUUCGACCGGCGCCUGUGCCAGAAGGAGGCGUCGCUACGGCGCCGGAGGCAACGGGAGGAGGAGGAGCUCCGGCAGAGGGAGGAGGAGAAGGAGGAGGGGCGUCGCCGGGGGCUGCAUCUGGACGAAGAGACGGGGGAGCUGACGCCCCUCCCGCUCACGUUGCCUAGUGAGGACGAUGCUAAUGGAGACCAUGGCUCCACCCACAAGGACCCCAUGCUGUGUGAGAUGGAGGAGGAGACUCUGUCGUUCGCUGAGUGCAUGCAGCUGCUGGAGGACAGUUUUCCUCUGGAUGAGAACAUGCAGGUCCCCUCCCCUGUGGUCAACCCCCCAGCCCUACCCAUGCCCCAGCCCUCACCUGUUACCCAGAACCCAAUGCUGUCAGUGCUGCUGACUUCUCAAAGUGCGUCCCCAAAACUGUCUAAACAUUCCCUCUCCUCUGUCCCUCCACCUGCCCCAUCCUGCCUCCCUCCACCUGCCCCGUCCUGCCUCCCUCCACCUGCCCCAUCCUGCCUCCCUCCACCUGCCCAAUCCUGCCUCCCUCCACCUGCCCCAUCCGGCCUCCCUCCACCUGCCCCGUCCUGCCUCCCUCCACCUGCCCCGUCCUGCCUCCCUCCACCUGCCCCAUCCUGCCUCCCUCCACCUGCCCCGUCCUGCCUCCCUCCACCUGCCCCAUCCUGCCUCCCUCCACCUGCCCCAUCCUGCCUCCCUACACCUGCCCCAUCCUGCCUCCCUACACCUGCUCCGUCACCUCUCCCAGUCUCUCCUGCUCCCCAAUCCCAACAUUCACCCCUCCUAAAACCCCUCCAGGUCCGAUCGCCCCCCUCAGCCGCCCAGUCCCCCUCAGGCAGUGUGGAGGCAGAGCAGGUCUGGCUGGAGCUGCUAUCUCACCCAGAGCUCCACAACCUCAGUAUGCAGGUAUCAGAGAUCCUGGAGCAAAGCAGUCUGGUAGGAGAGAAGCAGAACUACAGCAGUCUGCCCGUAGUGGUGGAGGAGGAACACUACAGCCAGUACUGCCACCUAAACUACCCUGCCACAGCUACACCCCUCCUUCCCAGUCCCCUGCCAUCCCACAACAUCCCCUAUCCCUCUCACUCUCCACUGGAGGACCUGUCUCACCCUCUGCUUGACAACCUGUGUCACACUCCCCUGGAGGACUUGUCAUCCCGGCCCCUAAAGAACAUGGCCCACCCUCCCUUGAAGGACCUGGCUCACCCUCUGCUGGGGGACCUAUCUGAUCCUGCCCUGGAAGACCUGUGUCCCUCUCCCCUGGAAGACCUGUGUCCCUUUCCCCUGGAGGACCUAUCACCCCCUAACCUGGAGGACCUAUCACCCCCUAGCCUGGAGGACCUAUCACCCCCUAGCCUGGAGGACCUAUCACCCCCUAACCUGGAGGACCUAUCACCCCCUAACCUGGAGGACCUAUCACCCCCUAGCCUGGAGGACCUAUCACCCCCUAGCCUGGAGGACCUAUCACCCCCUAGCCUGGAGGACCUAUCACCCCCUAACCUGGAGGACCUAUCACCCCCUAGCCUGGAGGACCUAUCACCCCCUAACCUGGAGGACCUAUCACCCCCUAACCUGGAGGACCUAUCACCCCCUAGCCUGGAGGACCUAUCACCCCCUAAUCUGGAGGACCUGUGUCCCCCUAACCUGGAGGACCUAUCACCCCCUAACCUGGAGGACCUCUGUCCCCCUAACUGGGAGGACCUUGACUUCGCUGAAGACUUACUCUGCCAUCCACAUGGUGAGUCUACAGAUUCUGCAGUGUGGAUAGACACAAGCUCAUCUGGGGCAUCCAAUCAGGAUGACGGCUCCUGGGGCUUCAGUGAAUCAGAAACAGAGGAGAUGGUUACAAAUCCCAGCCACAGCCAAUCACUACAUGGGGAAAAGACAUCCCACAGCAUGCUCCACCAAUCAUCUUUUGGCUCUUCCCUUUCGUCAUCAGGCCCCUCCUCUCCAGACACCAAUCCCCUCACAGACGUCCGUGGCCAUGCUGAGCGUCUCACCAAGUCCAGAAAGUCCUCCAGAUCCAGGGGGCGGGGCUGUAUGUCUCGUGAUGAGCAGCGAGCCAGGGCUUUGUCUAUCCCCUUUGCUGUAGACAGUAUUAUUAACCUUCCUGUUGAUGACUACAAUGAACUGAUGACAUGUCACCAGCUUAAAGAAUCACAGCUGGUUCUGAUCCGGGACAUCAGGAGGCGGGGAAAGAACAAGGUGGCAGCCCAGAACUGCCGCAAACGUAAGAUGGCGUCCAUCAGCGGUUUAGAGGAGGAGAUGGAGGAGCUCCAGAGUGAAAGGGUCCGUCUGCUGGGGGAGCGUGCCCAAAGAGAGAGCUCCCUGAAGGGGCUUAGGGUGCAGCUGGGCAGCCUCUAUCUGGAGGUUUUUAGCAAACUGAGGGAUGAGGAAGGGCAGCCAUACUCCCCAAGUCUUUACUCCCUCCAGCAGGCCUCUGACGGAUCCAUGUUCCUGGUGCCACGUGCUAAAAAGCCCCCCAAGGGUAACGCAAAUUAGGGUCCUCAGUGCUGCACUCUUCUUGUGAUGUUGGUUCUCACAGUCUUUGGCCACAACUCAGAUCUAUUUGCUGGAUCAGGUUAAUUAUAUAAAAAUGGUUUGCUUCAUAUAUACUGGGGGUAUUUCACAUCUUUUAAUCCUUCUUUAUUUUGUAUUUUUAUAUUAUCAAUAAUAUUGUAUGGUUUUAUAUCUGAUUUACCUUUGAAUGACUUUCAUUGCCUUGGUAUUUCUCAAUUUCUUUUGUAUUGAAAUAAACUGUCUUUCAGAAGUCA